CUGCACGGGGGCUGCACGGGGCCUGCACGGCGGGCGGGGGCCGGCCCCGGCAGGGCUGCGGCCGCGCGUCUCCCGCUCUGCGCGGUUCUGGGGCCGACAGCACAGUUGCCCGCGCUCCUCUCGGCUGAGUUCAGACCCGGCUCCUAGACAGCCCCCGCAAGGAAACCAUGCCGAACCCCCGGAAGAGGCGCGCUGGGACUGCCGGGGCUGCCGGGCCAGACAGUAAGAGGCCAGCAGGAAAACAUACGAAGACUAGGAAACCCACGGGGACAUCCACUAGAGUGGGUGACUCCAGCCCUGAGAAGACUUCAGCCUCUAAAAACUGUGGGAACAAUCAAAGCAGUUACUGGCUGAUGAAGUCUGAGCCACAAAGCCGAAUAGAGAAAGGUGUAGAUGUGAAGUUCAGCAUUGAGGAUCUUAAGGCAGAGCCCAAGCAGACAGCAUGCUGGGAUGGUGUUCGCAACUACCAGGCCCGGAACUUCCUUCGAGCCAUGAAGCUGGAGCAAAAAGCCUUCUUCUACCAUAGCAACUGCAAGGAGCCAGGCAUCGCAGGACUAGUGAAGCUACAGUGGCUGUACAGCAAGAUUGUGAAGGAGGCUUACCCAGACCACACACAGUUUGAGAAAAACAAUCCCUAUUAUGACCCAUCCAGCAAAGAAGACAACCCCAAGUGGUCCAUGGUGGAUGUACAGUUUGUUCGGCUGAUGAAGCGUUACAUUACCCUGACUGAGCUCAAAGCCAAUCACCAAGCCCACAAAGCCACUGGAGGCCCCUUAAAGAAUAUGGCUCUGUUCACUCACCCCAGACUCUCCGUUCAGCCCCUGACCCCAGAGGAGUUUGAGUUUAUUUUGAGCCUGGAGGAGAAGGAGCCAAGUUAACUGGGACCCUGUGGCUGGAACGGGCAAGACAGGACUCCAAAGAAAGCAGCUUUUAGAAGACAAAAGAAGGUGUGCGGCGCCUUGCUCGUCGGUUCCCCUGGGGCUGUGUCAGAGGUGGUCUUCAUGUACCCUUCCCAAUAAAACAUGAAUGUCAAAGUUGG